AUGUCGCGAAACACCAACACUGAUAUCUGGCUUGCCGGAGCAUUCGCAGCAUUCAGCGUCGAUCUACUUGUCUACCCACUUGACACUCUCAAGACACGCAUUCAGUCACCAGACUACACACAGAUCUACCGAGAUGCUAGUGGGAAGGCAAAGAAGACCCUGUUCAGGGGUCUAUAUCAAGGCAUUGGCCCUAUCAUAGCCAUCACCAUACCCUCCUCAGGAGCAUUCUUCACAACCUAUGAAGCCCUGAAAUACGGCCUCAACGAGAUCGUUCCUCCAAACUCAACUCUCUUUAUACCACAGUCAGCAAUCCAUGCGCUGGCCAGUGGAGGCGCCGAGCUGGUCAGCUGCGCCAUUCUGACACCCGCCGAGGUGAUCAAGCAGAAUGCUCAGAUGGUGGACAGGAACAGUAUGGGAGCGAAGACUUCGCCUACCAUGCAUGUGCUGAAGAAAUUCCGCAAGCAGCCUACGCAGCUGUGGAGGGGUUAUAGUGCACUCGCGGCCCGCAACCUGCCUUUCACCGCGCUGCAAUUUCCUGUGUUCGAAAAGCUGAAGACAUAUUUCAUGGACCGGCGGAAACAGAGCAAGGGUGGUGAACCUGUCAAUGGUAUUUUUGAGCGCGCAAGCAUCACUGCAAUGAGCGCUUCGAUCGCUGGUAGCGGCUCAGCUUGGAUCACCACUCCGAUCGAUGUUGUGAAGACUCGAAUCAUGCUUGCAGCGGCAGAGGAAGGUAAGAAGCCCAAGCAGGAAGGUCCAGUGCCAAGUUGGCUUCAAGGAGCAGGCGGGGCUCGGAAAAGUGGUUUCGAAGUCGCAAAGGAGGUCUUGCAGAAGGAAGGCAUCCGAGGCCUCUUCCGGGGAGCAGCUCUUCGUGCUGGCUGGACUGCGAUGGGGUCCGGACUGUAUCUUGGCUCGUACGAAGGUGGUCGCUUCUAUCUAGAAGAUAGUCGCAAGGCGAAGAACGAAGGCGACCCUGUCAUGGAGAAGGAGCGUGAUUACAGCAAGGUCAAAGUCGGCAUAGGCAAAAGCCGAUCACAAGGCGAGAACGUUAAGAAAAGCGCCUGGCAGGACGACUGA